AUGGCGCCCGACAUGCCUUUCCAGCAUUCCCGCAUUCUCCUAUCCACAGGCAUUGACAUGCACUUUGUCCACUUGGCGCCAUCUUCCCGAGCGAAGGGCACGGUGCUUUGCGUGCACGGCUUUCCGGACACCUGGUUUGGCUUUCGGCACCAGAUACGCGCCUUAGCCUCGAAAGGCUGGCAUGUUAUCGUCCCAGACCAGCGCGGGUAUGGAGAGACCUCGGCUCCCCUGGUGGAUGCAGCGAAGUACUGCCAGGAGGAGCUUUGCGGUGACAUGUGCGCUCUGUUGGAUGCCUUGGGCCUGGCCAGCGUCGUGCUGCUUGGGCAUGACUGGGGCGGCACGCUGGUGUGGAACAUGGCACAGCAAUUUCCUGACCGCGUUCGCGCGGUGGCAUCGGUUUGCACGCCCUUCUUUGCGAACAAUCCGGCCAAGAACCCCUGGGAGAGCAUGCGAAAGAACCCGGGCCGGUUUGACUACCAGGUGUGGUUCCAGUCGGCAGAAGCUGAGGCAGAACUCUCUGCAGAUCCGUACUACACCGUGAAGUGCACGAUAAGGGGAACUGGGUCAGAUGAUGUCAAAGGCUUCUUGGAGGGCGCCGACCCGUCCUUGGUGGCCCAAGCGCCCACGGUGAAAGGUGGACUCCUUAAAGGCUUCCCACCGAGAGCUCGCUGCCCGCGAUCGGAGAUUCUGACAGAAGACGAGCUUCGAUACUACGCCGCCCAGUUCUCCCGAUCUGGCUACUUUGGGCCCUUGAGCUGGUACCGGAAUGUUGAGCGUAACUGGAGAUGGAUGUGCUCCAGAGCCGGCCAGAAGGUGCUUCAGCCGGCUCUUAUCGUCACCGCUGGGAGGGACCCAGUGCUGAAGGCAAGUAUGGUGGAGUCCCUGAAGAUGAAGGACUGGAUCCCGGUGCUCGUGCACCGGCACAUUGAGGAGUGUGGCCACUGGGUGCUGCAGGAGAAGGCGGCAGAGGCCAACAAGCAUAUUUGUGACUGGUUGGACUCUCUUGGGGAGGCGCCACCCUCCAAGCUCUGA